AUGCGUAACGCAGUGGAUAUAAAAACGCUAGCCGAUGUGAAGGAAAAGGUGAAGCACGAAAAGAGGACUCACUGCUUGGUGCUCAACAAGUACAGAGUGAAUGAGCUGCUCAAAAAUAAGGACGCGAAAAUUUGGUUCCUAAACAUCUUUCGGUUCCCUUCUGUGCUGAAGUUCAGGGAGUACCAGGGGUGCCUCGUCGAGACGGGGCCCUACGACGGGGAAGUGCUGCGCUUUAUCCAUUCGUAUGUGGAGAGCCUGGGGGGGGGAGAGGUUAGCGGUCAGGUGAGCGGUCAGGUAAACGACCAGUUGAGCUGCCAAAUGACCAGCCACGCGAACGACUCGCAGGCAGGCACACCUCUGGCAGACGCACCGCUGGCGGACUGCAGGCUAAUCCCGCUCAACGCGCGGUUCAACAGGGCCCUGCACGAGUUGAUGCAGCGCGAGGGGAAGGGCGUCCUGGAGGGGGUGGACAUGCGCCCGGAGGAGGGCGACGAGAGGGACGUUGCUGCGGAGGGCGGUGGUGUGGAGGACGUCGCUCAGCAGGGUGCCGCUCAUCAGGACGCCCCCCCCGCCCUGGAAAAGCUCCUCCGCGUGAUAAAAGCAGAAGGCAUCCAAAUUAGAACCAUUCAGCUGCAGUUCGGCUACGACAACAUGAAUACCUCCCAAGUGCUGAGGAAGGUGUUCCCCUCGGAAAGUGAAGUCAUCCACAAGUACGAAAUGAUAGGGCACAUAGCUCACCUGAAUUUCUGCGAACGGUUUGAAAAUCACAAAAAAGUAAUUGCAGAAAUAAUUUUAGAUAAAAAUAAAAGCAUACGGACAGUCAUCAAUAAGAAGGAUUCUCUAAAAAAUGUCCACAGAACUUUCACCAUAGAGUUAUUGGCAGGAGAAGAAAACUACCUGACCAUGUUAAGGGAAAAUGACAUCAAAGUGAAACUCAAUUAUGAGCUAAUGUAUUGGAAUUCUAAAUUAAAAAAAGAGAGAGACCGCAUAUAUAGCCUUGUUGAAAACAACUCCAUAGUUGUGGACGUCUUUGCUGGGGUUGGUAUCUUCAGUCUACACCUCAGUAAAAAAAACUGCCUUUGUUUUUCCAAUGAUAUUAAUUUGCAUGCGUAUAAUUUUAUGAACGUUAAUAUUAAAUUGAAUAAGAGGAGAAGUAUCCUCACGUACAACUUGGACGCCAGGGCCUUCGUCUGCAUGCUGCUCCGCCUGGGCAUCUUCUCGCGUGACACGUCCACUUUGGCGAUGCAGCUGGGUGAGCAGAAUUGGCGAAACGUCUCCCUCGACUUUGUCAACAGCGCGGGGCGUGACGUUGUGGAUGCGGGAAAGGGGAAGAAGCGGGCGGCAGACUGCAAAGUGGACUGCAAAGAGGACUGCAAAGAGGACUGCAAAGAGGACUGCAAAGAGGACUGCAAAGAGGACUGCAAAGAGGACUGCAAAGAGGACUGCAAAGAGGACUGCAAAGAGGACUGCGAAGUGAAGGACUGCAAAGCGGGUGACUCCCAUCAGAGUAACUCCCAUCAGAGUAACCCACACGAGAGUAACCCCCACGAGAGCGCCCCCAGGGACAAGAAGAAGAAACUCGCGCAUGGUGAUGCAAAUGGCCCAUUAGGGGAACGCCCCCCGGGGGUAGCAGCCACCCACGGGGGGGAGGAGGUCCCCCCAGAGCCAACCAACAACGAAGCGGAGCAGAAAGCAGAAGAUGCGCCCACAAACGAAACGCACCAAGUGGACAUUAACCUCGGCAUCUACGGAGAUGUUCAUGUGCUCAUGAAUUUGCCGCAAACUGCCUUGGACUUUUUGGAUGUCUUUCGGGAACUCCUUCACAUGUACAGCGCCGGUCAGAAGGAUCCCCAGGGAAGAUGCCGGAGGGACCAAAUGAGGAACGUCUUUAUACACUGCUACUUCUUCUCCAAGCCAGAGCUGUUUUACGAGCACGCCGAGAGAAACAUACGCAUGCAGCUGGGGGGUAUUCCCCGGGAGAUGAAGAUCACGGAGAUUAGGAAGGUCUCCCCCAGCAAGCUCAUGUACGUGGUGGAGUUCAACCUGAAGGACGUCUUUUCGCAGGGCGACCAGUUGGGAUAA